UCCUCGCUUCUCUAAAUUGCACUUCUCGCCUUCAAUAAAUCCCUUUCUCUCUUUCCUCGAUCGGAGCUCAUUGCUGUGGGAUCUCAUUGUCGUCAAAGCUCAUCAGUGACGGCAAAACGCUAGAUGUUGUUGUGCACGCUUCUUUUCUCCAAAUCAACCUAGAGUUCGCUAUCAAGACAGGGGCCUAGGGUUCGGCGUGCCUCACUACCAGCCUCAACCAAUUUCAAUUCAUUUGAGACAUUUAGCUAAUCCUAACUCUAAAACCAGAGACUAUGUCUUGAAGCAGAAAACAAAAAUUGUCGAAGAAAAGGGAAAGAUCGAAGGAGCAAACCGAAGAGAAAUCACUAGAUGAACCCAAGGUCGUGGGAUAGCAAGAUUGAAAAGUGAUAUUGUCAGGAUGUUUUCAGGUAAGCUGCUAGCUGAAAAGGUAUCAUGAAAUUUAUUUUGACAGUUUGACAGUUUCUAUAAAUCUCUUUUCUUGUUUUUACCAAAAUGAAGUGUUGGAUCAUUCAAUUAUAAUUUAUUUUGUGAUUGUUAUUCAAAGCAGACAGGGCUUAUGAGGAAAACACUUAUAUUCUUCCAACUCAAUUAUUUUAGUUUCAAACUCGAGGGGGGCAUGGUGGUGGUGAAUCCAGACAUCAUGAUGGGUCCUGUUAUCUCCCCAACUCUUAAUGCUAACAUUAGUACUAUUAACACUCCAAGGUAGUAUUCUUGGCAGACUAAUGCUGCAGUUUCUAUUCAAGUGAGUUUUCCUCUGUACUACUUGUUAACCCAAUUUCUAUUCAACUCUUUUUUCUAUAAUUUAAUUUUCAUGCAAGUCAAUUUUGUUGCUCUUCUCAACAUGCUACCUGAUUGUAACGUGAUCCAAUUUGGUUUAUCUAAUAUUUAAAGGGCUUUUUGGCCUGUACCUCAUGUAUUUGAAGUUUUUGGUCAAUUAAGUGUAUGUUAUGUUGCCUAGUAGGAGAAUUAGUAGAAACUGAUUAGAUCAUUGUUAUGUUACUCUAUUUUGGGUGUCGAGGUUUUGUUUAAUCAUGUAAGCUGGAGGAUUUCCUGAUCUUAGACUCUAGAAUGAAUUUUUUCAAAUUGUUUCAGGCUGUGCUGAUCCAUAUGAGAAAUUUUUCUUGGGAUCUAUUCAUUUCAAGCAUAUUGCGUUGCCACAUCUUCUGGUGUACGAGAAUAAAUCAGCUAGCGGAAGGCACUUGAGUGUUGAAGCUAUUACUCAUUAUGGUGAUGGACUAGAAUUCUUAGUGACCAUAGAAGAUGCUAUUAUGCUUGGACUAGAAUUUUUAGUUAAAGUUUCUUGUAAUAGGUAAUUAGAUAAACCUUUCAAAAUUGUAUUUUUCAGCUAAAUAAACCCCUCAUAUAUGUGUUUUGUAUUAUCUUUUUAGUUAAUAUAAGUUUAAUAAGCAU